AUGGAUAGAGAAGAUACUGGAGACACGCAACAAGAAGAGACCAACCCGACGUCAGGCGAAGCAAAGAAGAAGAAGACGACGACGACGAAGAGGAGGAGGAAGCAGCAGCUCAACCCGAACAAGGCUCGAGACGAGCGCCGCUCCCAGUUGGUUCAGCUGCGGAAGGAGGCGGAGGAGCUGGAGUGGACGCUGAAGAAGUGGCAGGACCUCCGAGCUGCCCAUCGCCUCAUGAAGAGAAGAAGACCAAUGAUAGCGAUAUUCCUGCUGUGUGGGAGGAGAUAUGCUGAGCACGAGAACUUCCGUCUCAAGGAGCAGGUGAAGGAACGUCUGAUGGUCAAGGAGAUGGCGCAGUCUGAAGGCAGCAGACGCUUACGACGCACCAACCUGCCGCCAGGAUACAUCCAGCGCAUGGCUGCGACUCUGUUUGAAGAGCUCGCGGCUGGCAUGCAGGUGUGCUACUACUUGGGGGCGAAUACCCCCGUUCCGGCGGAUGUGAGGCCCCACACGCCACUGCUGCGUGGCGGCUUGAAGGGCGAAGAGAGGAGGUUCUUCGAUCGGCGUCUUGUGCCUUUCAGUAUGGAGGUGGCGAGCAACGCGUGGUGGCGGGACUGGCACUCGUACAGAGGCCACGCGAGUGAACACGUGGGCGAUGUGGUCGUGGAGAGCUUUGGACUGGAGAUGAACGACUUCAGGUCCAAGUCUUCGGUCACCUGCUACGGCCAGCAGAUUCUACGACGAGAAACGGAGGACACGCGCACUGUCUUCGUCUGGAACACGUACCUUGAGCCUUUCGAGUUCGACGGCGAGCGGGUCAAAGGGAUCUACUUCCUGGAGCAGUACCACAUGCUCGUCAAGCCUGAUGAAGCGGAGGAGGAAGAUGGAGGGGAAGUUUGCACUCGAAUGUCCGUGUGCUACGUCGUGACCCCCUACUUUUUGGACUUGACUCUGCGGUCGGACCCCAAGAUAGGAAAGCUGAUCGAUUUCUUGGUGGGGGCGCUGUUCUCAAACUUGAAGGCGGCCAACGAUAGGAUCGAGGACCUACUGCUGGAUCAAGGACUGCAGAAGUACAGCAGAAGUGUGGGAGGGUAA